ACACAACAGCCCAAGCGAAGUCCUACAGUAAUAAGGAGGAGGUUGCCCAUCGACCUCGAGUCCUUACAAGAAGGAGGCUACCAAUCUAGCGACUACUAGUGACCAUGAUGUUGAGUAGCGACCACGGCUUGAGCGACGAAGAGAAGGAAGCCUUUGGGGAGAUUGCUGAGAUUGUGUAUGAUCAAGAUGAAACGAGUACAUUGGACGAGGAGGAAGAAGAGGAGAUUCUGCGUCUCUGCCAAGAAUUUCCAAACCUGACCACAAGGCUCUUCUACACAUCCCAAGGUAUCCGAUUGAAUCCUCUGGAGUUUCUCAUUUGUUUCCGAGCUAGUCUGAAAGCCAUUCAAGAUUUCUGUGACUCUCAUCCCUCAUCCAUCGAAACUUCCAACAGUUUGCGGCUCUUGCCACUCCAUUGGGCGUGCAAGACUAAACGCACACAACCUGGCGUCAUCCAGUUUCUGACACACAGGCUGCCGAUGGCUGCCUCCAGGAGGACGUUGGAUGGUCUCUAUCCAAUUGAUCUACUGUUCAAGCGCGAGCAUACUCUGGAAGAAGUGAAAGCUGUUGUGCAAGCAGAUUCUCCCGCAGGCAGCCUGAGCAAACAAGAGCACCAACUGCUACAAGGCUUUGCCUCUCGCCAUGGCAAUGUCCAAGUGAUCGAGUACAUUGUGGAACAGUGCCCUCUUGUCAGGCAAAAACACGAGACAGUCCGUGAUAUCUCAUUGCCACAAUUUACGGCUUUGGCCAAGCUGCUGCCGCAACUGACCAAAUUCAGCCUCCACAUUUUCUCUCGGGAACUACCCACUAGUAACGACUUGAUUGGCUGGAAUCAUGUCAUGGAAAAACUGGGGAAUUGUAAUUCCUUGGAUAGUCUCAACAUUACUUUGAAAUUUCCAGAGGGAUUUCCAUCCACUGGGCUGGAUGCUCUCGGCAAUGCCCUUGCCUCGAUUGAAAACCUCAAAAGUUUGACUCUGGAUGGAGGCGAGAGGGGACAUUGGAAUCGUACGAUAUUAACCCAGGCCAACCUGACGGCGGCGCUGGUAACCCUCCUCAGUCGCAAUUCUCUGCAAACUAUACGGGUUCCCAACACAAUCUCUGUCGAUCACAACGAAAUCUUUGAUGCCUUGAAACGCAACAUCAGCCUUGAAUCCUUUGAUAUUGUUUCCUGUGUCAACAAUGACGACAAGCGAAAGGCGUUGGCGCAAGUUCUCCAAGUCAAUACGACAUUGCGUUUUGUAGAGCUUCGAUCCACUGGAGGGGAGGCCGUGACGUACGACAAGAUUCGGUACCUGCUGCAGCUCAACAUGUCAGGGAGAGCCAAGGCCCGCACGUGCACCACAUCUCGCGAGGAAUUUGUCGAUCUACUGGCGACAGAAGUGGAAUCCUGGGAGAUCUCGUCAACUUCCACAUCAAUGCAGACGAGUCUCAUGCUGGAUCUAUUGAGAGAGUGCCCCAGUAUUUGGUGUAGGAGACCGCAACAUCGUUGAUAGGCUCUCGCUUCCAAAGAGUAUAGCUUUGGGCGAGGCAAAAAGCACAGGCUUAUGCUACAAAGACCAAGAUUUCUUAUGCGUGAUGAUAUCUUACGACAUGCAGCAUUGCUCUACCAAGAGCCUGAACAUGCUGUCUUCCGGAGUGAAGAUUCAAAGGGAAACUACUGACCUGAAUGCUGCGCAGUCGGUCCCGUGACAAGAGAGAUUGGAUCGACACCGUCAAGCCAGAAAAGGACGCCUUCUUCCAACGGCUGCCUUCAAGGUAAAAGGGCCUCUAGAUACAAAAUCAAUGAUAUUACCGGUUACAAGCCUUGUGUGGCCUCCAUCGUCUGGUUCUAGACAUGUUGAGAGCUACCCUUACGUUGAGUGUUCGAACGGUGAUGCUUGAUCCGCAAAAGGCAUGCAUUGCCAAUCUCUAUCCUUUGAAGUCAAGCGAGCUGUGGCAGAUCUUCAGGUCGAGGACAGUAACGGUGGACACGAACGUUAAAAGGGUGGACGUGUGGAUUUCUCGCAGGGACAUACCGGUAGCAUAUUUAGAAUCGAAUCUUCAAUCAAGUUGACGGCUUCGGUGAUAUUCUGUCCACCACAGCUGCAUAUUGUACUUGAACAAUGCGGGCUUGGUGAGUCGAGUGGCGAGUCGUUUGAAAAAACGGUUUUCUUUUCUUCGUGAAUACCAAAAAAAGACAAGUCAAAGUCAGGCUCAUCAACCCAAUGCAUCCUCCCGAUCACAUCCAUUUGGCGUGCCUUCCCACUAGCAGCUUCAGGCAGCAGCCAACAACGAAGGGUGAUUGCGUCCGGUUGCGUGCUUCAGCUACUACAUUGUAGAAUGCCAGCAAGGCAACGGCGCAAGCGGCUUCGGUAUCCUCAGCUCUUUCCCCCUUCUCCAGCACCAUGAAGCCACACCUCGUCAAUGCAUUAGAUGUUCGUCAAACCGAGUCAUGAAGUCGCUCGAGAGAACUAUUAAUAGCUAGCUAGCUAGCAUAAAGAAAGAUUGAACUAUGCAGAUUAAAUUCUUACCACCUAUUUGGGCA